AUGGUGCAGUGGCUCACCUACGAAUUAGUCGAGGUGAAGGAAGCGGCGCCCGUUACAGAUAACAAGUUGACAAAAGAAGGGCGCGAAGAUGACAACGGUGCUGUAGGACAGUUUGAUGCAGAUGAUGACGUAAUGCAGGAGAUAAUGAACGAAAAUCUUGAUCCCAAGCGUCUACGGGGCUAG